CACGUAACCACAUUUCCCAAGAAUGGUUGGAAAAACUUAACAGCAAAUUGAAUCGUAUUACUGAGCGAUGCAGCAAUAAACUAACUAGAGUACAAAAGUAUUGACAAAUUUUCUGUGAGGUGAACUGACAGCAUCGCCAUUGCCAAUUUGCCAUUAAUAUUGAAGCGUAGUCAUCAAAUCCAAAAAGCUCCAAGUCAGUCUUCGCGGCAGUUUUCAUACCCGCGGCGCAGUAGAUCUUCACCACUCCACAGCGCCAGAGGUUCCAAUCUUUAAAAAAAAAGACAAAUUCUUUAUCUCCAAGUGUCAAUUUAAAAGCCAAAUGUACGCCAAUUACCAGUCCAGAUCAAAAACCUCAACUCUAAAAUGCAGAUAAAGGUGACACAGAUCCUGCUUUACACUCUCACAAACCCUAGCGUUGGACAUGGCGAGGCAUUCUUCUGUGGCGAUGGCUCUGUUUCGAAAACGCUGGCUGACUGUAGUAGCGUUACUUGUGAUGGUUUCAGUUACCACUGCCAUUGCUUUUAUCGUCAGAGCUAGCCUUGAGUCCUCAUGUGAUUGCCGUUUACAUAUGACUAAUCAGAAGCGGUAUAACUCUUCUCCCCAAUCAGCUAAACCGAUUGGGGUAGCUGUCACUCAAAGCCCACUCAGUUUCAUGAAGUCUAGGCUUGUGCUUCUUGUCUCCCAUGAGCUUUCCCUUUCUGGUGGACCUCUGUUGUUGAUGGAGCUGGCAUUUUUGCUGAGAGGUGUUGGUGCUGAAGUCUGUUGGAUCACAAAUCAAAGGCCAUCUGAAACUAAUAACAUUGUCUACAGUUUGGAGCACAAAAUGUUACACCGAGGAGUUCAGGUUGUCUCUGCUAAGGGCCAGGAGGCAAUAGAUACUGCUUUGAAAGCUGACUUGGUUGUUUUAAACACUGCCGUUGCUGGGAAAUGGUUGGAUGCUGUUCUUAAGGAACAUGUUCCUCAUGUCCUUCCCAAAGUUUUGUGGUGGAUCCAUGAAAUGCGUGGUCAUUACUUCAGUCUAGAUUAUGUGAAGCACCUUCCAUAUGUUGCUGGUGCAAUGAUCGAUUCACAUGUAACAGCUGAAUACUGGAAGAAUAGGACACAGGAACGGCUAAGGAUCAAAAUGCCAAAAACCCAUGUUGUUCAUCUUGGCAACAGCAAUGAGCUAAUGGAAAUUGCUGAAGAUAGUGUGGCAAAAAGGAUUUUGAGGGAGCAUGUUCGUGAAUCUCUUGGAGUUCGAAACGAAGAUAUACUAUUUUCCCUCAUAAAUAGUGUUACUCGUGGGAAGGGUCAAGACUUAUUUUUACGGUCAUUUUAUGAGAGCUUGCAGAUUAUUCAAGAACGGAAGUUACAAUUGCCAUCAAUUCAUGCUGUUGUUGUAGGGAGUGACAUGACUAGUCAUAGCAAAUUCGAGACAGAGCUUAGGAACUUCGUUAUAUCAAAGAAGAUCCAGAAUUAUGUUCAUUUUGUCAAUAAGACACUGACAGUAGCCCCAUAUCUUGCUGCAGUUGAUGUUCUUGUUCAGAAUUCUCAGGCACGGGGUGAAUGCUUUGGUCGGAUUACUAUUGAGGCCAUGGCGUUUCAGCUGCCUGUGUUGGGAACUGCAGCUGGUGGCACCCAAGAAAUUGUAACAAAUGGAACAACUGGUCUUCUACAUCCUGUGGGGAAAGAAGGGAUAAUGCCUCUUGCAAAAAACAUCGUUAGAUUAGCCACUCACGUUGAGAGGAGGCUUACAAUGGGUAAAAAAGGGUAUGAGAAGGUGAAAGAGACUUUUCUGGAGCGUCACAUGGAAGAAAGGAUUGGAGGAGUUCUAAAGGACGUGUUGCAAAAAGCAAUGAAACACCAAAGGACAUGAUAUUUUAUAACUGUUGGCGACCAGCAUUCAGCCUCUGUUCUCAGUUGGAGCUACAUUUGUAGAUGUGCUAUGGAAAUUUAUAACCUGUGAGUAAGUGGUUAACCGGAGGAAAUGAAAUACCAUAGGGAAUCAGUUCAAUGUCCUCUUGCUUAUAUAUUUUCCGAGUGUAAAAAAGAAACGACUUUUUCAUCCUUGAUGUUGUCAAUGUGGUGUCUGAAGGACUAAUGCUGCUAAUCAUUCAUCAUAUUUUUGCAGUUUUUUCGUUUCGGUUUGUGAGCAGGUUAGUAGAUAGACUGGGAGGAUAUUGUAUAUGAGUUGAUGGACUAAUGCCUUUGCAUCAUUGUGUUCUAGACCUGUAUUUCUUGUGAGUAGAAAUUGGGGUUUCCUUUUUGGUUCGAGAUA